GCACACAGCGCACUCACUUCAUUACCACUGUGGCGCAGUGCGCAGCUCAAGUUGAAGGCUGGCUGUUGAUCUUCACUACGACACUUCAGGGAAAGCUAAACUGCAUUUAAAGCAAGCAAUGAGUUAUUUAAACGUAUGAACGCCACUAGUCGCCUGUCCAGACGGUUCAACCUGCAUAAGCUUAGACAUUAUUACUGAACAGACACAUUACGAAGCGAAGACAGCGCACGGCGCACAGGGAUAGAUCAUGCACUGUCAAGCCGAGCUGAGGCUCUCCUCCCCCGGGCAGCUGAAGGCUGCCAGGCGGCGCUACAAGACUUUCAUGAUUGACGAGAUCCUCUCCAAGGAGACUUGUGAUUAUUUCGAGAAACUUUCUCUCUACUCGGUGUGUCCUUCGCUCAUUGUUCGACCAAAGCCUCUUCAUUCAUGUUCGGGCUCCUCAUCACUACGUGCCUACCCCCUCCUCUCAGUGAUCACACGGCAGCCGCCCAACCUGCCCCCCCACCUCCCGCAACCGUCCUCCCCGGGCGCGGUCCACUCGCACCUGCCCCUGCUCUCCCCACAGCAUCCGCGAGGCUCCGAGCCCUCACCCAGCCAGACACCCCUCAGCAUCAGCAGCGAGUCGGACAAUGAGCACAGCACACCCCGCCUCAAGAAGCCACGACGCAGCCGCACCAUCUUCACCGAGUUGCAGCUGAUGGGCCUGGAGAAAAAGUUCCAGAAGCAGAAGUACUUGUCCACACCUGAUAGGUUAGACUUGGCUCAGUCCCUCGGUCUCACACAGCUUCAAGUGAAGACAUGGUACCAAAACAGGCGUAUGAAGUGGAAGAAAAUGGUGCUCAAAGGAGGUCAUGAGGCCCCGACUAAGCCCAAGGGAAGACCCAAGAAGAACUCCAUUCCCACCACAGAGGAAAUAGAGGCCGAAGAACGAAGAAUGAAGAUAGAGGAGGAGGAGAGGGUGAGGAGGGCGGCCGAGGAAGCAGCGCUGGCUCACGGAGGAGGUGCAUCUCAGCUGGAACCUCAGGAUCUCAGUUCAGACACUCAAAAUCCAAACGGAGCAAAGGAGGGAUCUGAGCAAGAGCUGCCACACCUUAUGUCAGAAACUCACGCAGCCAGCUAAGCAAGAACAAACCAACCAAAGACUAAUGCCAACCUGAAAACAAAUAGUGCCUCAGGAUCACUGUAAAAAGCCUGUGUGGUGUUUAGAGCCAUUUGCUUUAGCAAUUUGGACUGGAUGCCCAUUGAAGGUGUCCAGUCUCUAGCCAGUGUAGCCUUGUAUUUUUUCUGUACUGGAACAUGUGCCAUACAAAGAGCUAAUCUACACGAUUGCACUGUGGUCCAUAGUAUAAGGAGUGUAAAUCUGUCAAAUCCAAACAGGUCAGUCAAGCCUUAAUCACAACAUAGUGACAUGUAUCAUGCAUCAUCACGUUAUUGUGCUUUUCAACUGUGAGAGAUCACAUACAACUCUCUGUCCUCAAAGCUGCCAAAAUAUCAGACAUUGCCUUACUGUGGUGUAUCUAUGUAUCUUUGUAUUACAAAUCACUGACAAAAGCUGAUAUAUGAAAUGGCUGCAGUGCCUUGCUAGUCUCAGAGGAAAGCUUUUAAAGUGUUGAUAAAGUCACCAUCGAAUGCAGUAUAUUUUUUUACAGUUAUUUCUGAUUAUACGUGCUGUAUUUGGAGACAGGUUUGUACAGUUUAGAAAAGGGAAACUUCUGUGUUCAGACUGGCAAAAAUUUGUUCAUUAUUUGCUCAGCGAAGCUUUCGUUUUUAGUUUUUUCAAAGCUGAAAAUCAAUAUUUCUGCCAAGACAUACACUGUAACAUACUGUAGAAAUAUGUAUAAAGUAUAAAAUAUAUGGUCUUUGGAUAUAUAUGUAAAACAGUAUUUUUAAUUGCUCUUUUAAAUUGGAUUAAAAUAGUUUAUAUGUACAAUGUUUCAGCCGUCCUAGAUUUUUGUUUUUUCUUCUUUCACGGGAGUAAGGAUGACUUUCAGCCACGAGGGCACUAAGACUCUUAAGCCGUUGUGAUUCACAGAGGGAAUAAAUCAUAGCCUGUGCCAGAGAUACACAGCAAAUGUUGAACAUUUAAAAUCUCAAAGACGUUUUCAGCCUGCAGGCUUUGCAUGAGUACAGCAAUCGGUAUGUUAGACCUGCAUUAACAAAACACUGUCUUCAACUGCCUGUCAGUGACUUCUCUAUUACCUUAAAACUCUACUCUCUGUCCUGUCAAAGAAUUGUAAUUUUCACUUUUUGAAAUUAUACAGAUUUAUUUUUAUUCGUCAUUGUUUCAUAUGAAAAGUGCAGUAUUUUUCUGAUGUAAAUAAUGCUUGUUUGGUAAGCUUGUUUGCUGUUUUUUUAGGUUUGUGUAAAAUUAUUUUUACUAUAUACAAGUGUGUGUUUAUGUAUUUAAAUACACUUAAUAAAAUAUCUACCAUUGA